AUGGAAAAUUUCCUUCGGAGCAAGGAGCUCUGGAGCUUGGUGGAGGAUGGUAUUCCAACUUUUGUUCUUAGUACAGGACCCAACAGUGAGACCCAACAGAAAAUGCUUCAAGAGGCUGAACUUAAAGAUUUGAGAGUGAAAAAUUUUCUCUUUCAAUCUAUUGAUUGCGAAAUUUUGGAGACUAUCCUUGACAAAAGCACGUCCAAAUCCAUUUGGACAUCUAUGCGUCAAAAAUAUCAAGGCUCUACACGGGUGAAGCGUGCACAACUCCAAGCACUACGAAGAGAAUUUGGAUUACUCACCAUGAAAGAUGGGGAGAAAGUAGACAGUUUUUUUGGUCGCAUUAUGACUGUGGUAAGUAAAAUGCGAUCAAAUGGAGAGGUGAUGGAGUCCAACACUGUGGUGAGUAAGAUCUUGCGCUCGCUCACCCCAAAAUUCAAUUAUCUAGUCUGUGCAAUUGAAGAAUCAAAUAAUACAAUCAUUUUGUCUAUUGAUGAGCUGCAUGAGAGUCUUCUUGUACAUGAGCAACGAAUGCAAGGAUCGCAGGAAGAGGAACAGGUGUUAAAGGCAACACAUGAGGAAGUUUCAAGUAGAAACAAUCAUGAUGAUCGGCCUCAAAGAGGAAGAGGCCGGGGUACAUUCAGAGGUGGCCGCGGUAGAGGGAGAGGCAGACAAUCAUUCAAUAGAGCCACUGUUGAAUGCUUUAAGUAUCACAAAUUGGGACACUUUCAAUACGAGUGUCCAGAUUGGGACAAGAAGGCAAAUUAUGUAGAAAUGGAUGAUGAAGAGGAAGAGCUCUUAUUAAUGGCACAUGAGGAGGACUCCCAAAAUGUAGAAGACAAAUGGUACUUUGAUUCUGGCUGCAGUAACCACAUGACAGGCAAUAAAUUGUGGUUUGUAAAUUUGGAGGAAGAGUCCAGCAAAACCGUGAAGCUUGGGAAUGAUAUACACAUGAAAGUAGUAGCUAAGGGGAGUAUUCGAAUGCAAAUUAAUGGCAUUUCUCAUGUCUUGAAUGAUGUAUACUACAUUCCUGAGUUGAAGAACAACUUACUCAGCUUAGGACAAUUGCAAGAAAAAGGUCUAACCAUUUUGAUUUCAGAUGGCACAUGUAAAGUAUUUCAUGCCACAAGAGGACUGAUUAUGCAAACUAAUAUGAGUGGAAACAGGAUGUUUUAUGUGACAGCUUCCUUAGUGCCAAAACAACCAGUAUGCUUGCAAACAAAAACAGUUUCAGAAAAAGAAGCUUUCCUGUGGCACUGCAGAUUUGGACAUCUUAAUUAUAAGGUGUUGAAUAUGUUGGCCUGCAAAGGGAUGGUUGGACUGCCAACAUUGGAGUUUCAAGUUCCCAAAAUGUUUUGGCCGGAUGCUGUGAAGUGGUGUGUGCACAUUCAGAAUUGGAGCCCAACUGCAGCAGUAGAAAAUAAGACUCCAGAGGAGGCCUGGAACCGUGUGAAGCCUGUGGUGGAAUAUUUUAAAAUUUUUGGCUGCCUUGCACAUGUGCAUAUACCAAAUCAGAAGUGGACUAAACUGGAUGACAAAAGCAGACCAUUCAUUUUCUUGGGAGUCAGUGAUAAAUCAAAGGCUUGGAAGCUAUAUGACCCAAUUUCCAAAUCCACUAUUAUCAGUAGAGAUAUGGUGUUUGCGGAAGAAAAAGGUUGGAACUGGAGUACUUUAGAGACAGCGACACAGCAGCCUGAUCUUCACUAUGAAGAUGCCGAUGGUAGGAAUGAGGCGGAAGACAACACUGAGACUGGUGCAAAGGUUGAGACUGGUGCAGAGGUUGAGACUGAUGCAGAGGUUAAGACUGGUACAGAGAGUAGUACUUCAUCUGCUAUUUCUCCAAGGAGGGGUGUCCGUACAAGGAGACGACCAAGAUGGUUAGAAGACUAUGAAACUGGUCUUGCCGAAGAAGAUUGCUUCAAUGCAAUGACAGAUAGUGAUCCAGUCACCUUCACAGAGGUUGUGAUUAGUAAACAUUGGAGAGAGGCUAUGACAAGUGAAAUGGAGGCAAUAGAACAAAAUCACACAUGGGAACUCACUGUAUUACCUCACGGAGUUACACCUAUUGGAGUUAAAUGGGUGUUUAAGACAAAACUGAACACAAAGGGACAAAUGGAGAAAUACAAAGCAAGCUUGUCGCUAAAGGUUAUGCACAACGACAUGAGUGCUUUCCUACAUGGGGAGCUUAAGGAGAAUGUCUAUGUUCUGCAACCAGAAGGUUUUGUGAAGAAAGGACAAGAGGAGAAAGUUUAUCGGCUCAAGAAAGCAUUAUAUGGUCUCAAACAGGCACCCCGGGCCUGGUAUAAUAAGAUUGAAGCUUACUUCACCCAAGAACAAUUUGAAAAAUGCUCUAGUGAACACACAUUGUUCACUAAGUCACAAGGCAGCAAAAUCCUAAUAGUUAGUCUCUAUGUGGAUGACUUAAUAUUCACUAGUAAUGAUAGAUUCAUGUGUGAGCAGUUUAAACAUUUUAUGAUGCAGCAGUUUGCUAUGACUGAUUUGGGCAGGAUGAGUCAUUUUCUUUGCAUUGAAGUUCAACAAAAUUCCAAUGGCAUAUUUAUCUGCCAAGGGAGAUAUGCACGGGAGGUACUGUCAAGGUUUGGAAUGCUGGACAACAACGCAGUAAAAAAUCCAAUGGUGCUAGGAACAAAAUAG